UUUUUGAUUCGCUUGAUGAGUGUUGGGUCUUUUCAUACUCUCCCAUUUUCAGUCGAAAGGCGAAGACGCUACAACAUCAACGAUCGCAUCAAGGAACUUGGAUUAAUGCUACCGAAAUCGUCUGCAGAGGAUUUGAAGCUGAACAAGGGCACAAUAUUGAAAGCCUCGUGUGAUUAUAUUCGGCAAUUGCAACGAGAUCGAGAGCUCAUGUUAAAACAACAGGCUCAUCAACAAAAACUCGAGAACGCUGCUAAGCAAUAUGCAGAACGCAUACGAGAGCUGGAAGAGUGCAUGGCGCGACAAGGUGUGCAACCUCCUCCGGCACAUUUGCCUCCAUUACCUCGCCUGACCAGUAUCGAUCGACCGAUUAAGCAAGAAAUGGACGACACCGCAUCUCCCAAUCAUACUCCCUGCGGCUCUCUUUCUUCAUCUGGGUUCAUGUCACAGUUGUCCGAUGGAACGGCAGCCAUGCAAAUAGCUAGUCCUCUUGGCAGACAACCAAUGCAGGUAGCGACAAGCCACUCGGAGAGUUACUUUUCAGUUGGUUCAAGCAGUCCUCCCGAUUACGAUCUGAAACUGUAUUCAGGAACACCAAACACCUGGCGAGACCACAAUAUGCAACAACCCUUUCCCGACUUGAUGAUGGACGAUAUGGGAGGCAAUCCUUUGCUGACGGGGGAUCCGUUGAUCUCUCAAGCUGGUGCCCACCCUUCUCCACACUUAACUGGUGGCAGUCAGAUGAGCCCGGAUAUCCAAUGGGAUCAAUCCGGCUUCAGUCCAGAAGGCCACAAUGGAAUCCACCAACAGCAUAUGGAUUUUUCAUAA